UAAGAUGGCGACUGUGGAACCGGAAACCACCCCUACUCCUAAUCCCCUGCCUACAGAAGAAGAGAAAACAGAAUCUAAUCAGGAGGUUGCUAACCCAGAACACUAUAUUAAACAUCCUUUACAGAACAGAUGGGCACUCUGGUUUUUUAAAAAUGAUAAAAGCAAAACUUGGCAAGCAAACCUUCGGCUGAUCUCUAAGUUUGAUACUGUUGAAGACUUUUGGGCUCUGUACAACCACAUCCAGUUGUCUAGUAAUUUAAUGCCUGGCUGUGACUACUCACUUUUUAAGGAUGGUAUUGAGCCUAUGUGGGAAGAUGAGAAAAACAAACGAGGAGGACGAUGGCUAAUUACAUUGAACAAGCAGCAGAGACGUAGUGACCUGGAUCGCUUUUGGCUAGAGACACUGCUGUGCCUUAUUGGAGAAUCUUUUGAUGACUACAGUGAUGAUGUAUGUGGAGCUGUUGUUAAUGUUAGAGCUAAAGGUGAUAAGAUAGCAAUAUGGACUACUGAAUGUGAAAACAGAGAGGCUGUUACACAUAUAGGGAGGGUAUACAAGGAAAGGUUAGGACUUCCUCCAAAGAUAGUGAUUGGUUAUCAGUCCCAUGCAGACACAGCUACAAAGAGCGGCUCCACUACUAAAAAUAGGUUUGUUGUUUAAGAAGACACCUUCUGAGUAUUCUCAUAGGAGACUGCGUCAAGCAAUCGAGAUUUGGGAGCUGAACCAAAGCCUCUUCAAAAGCAGAGUGGACUGCAUUUAAAGUUGAUUUCCAUCUAAAUGUUGCUAAGAUAUAAGAGAAGUCUCAUUCACCUUUGUCUUGUACUUCUGUGUUCAUAUAUAUAUAUUUUUUAUUUUGGCUAGAGUGUCCACUAUCCCAAUCAAAGAAUUAACAGUACACAUCAUCCCCAGAAUCCAUAAAUGUGUUCCUGGCCCACUCUGUAAUAGCUUAGUAGAAUUACCAUAUAAACAGAUUUUGCCCAUCCACA